AUGCGUCCGCCUAGAGACGAGCAGCUCCUGCAGCUGCAGCAGGAGCUGCAGCAGCAGGAGCUGCAGCAACAGGAGCUGCAGCAACAAGACGAGCAGCAGCAGGAGCUGCAACAAGAGCUGCAGCAGCAGGAGCUACAGCAACAGGAGCUGCAGCAGCAGGACCAGCAGCAGCAGGAGGUGCAGCCCCAGGUUCUAGAGGAAGACGAGCUGCAGCAAACAAAAGACCACGAAGGAGAGCAGCAGCAGCAGCAGCAGCAGCAGCACGAGGUUAGCGAUGACGGCCAUCAGCCCAGCGUCACGUGCAGAGAGGAAGAGGACGGGCUGCAGCAGCUGCAGCAGCUGCAUAAGCAGCAGCAACAGUUGCAGCAACAGCAACACCUGCAGCAACAGCAGCAUCUGCAGCAACAACAGCUGCAGCAACAACAGCUGCAGCAACAGCAGCUGCAGCAGAGGGCAGCAACUCCGGAGGAGGAAGAUCUUCCACUUUACGAAGACAAGCAGCAGCAGCAGCAGCAGCAACAGCAGCAGCAGCAGCAGCAGCAGGAUGGCGACAGCAGCAAGCUGCCAUGGAGCGACAGGCUCUCAGGUUAUCUAGUAAACCAGGAAGCAAAUGGGGGGGGCCUCUUUCCUGCUGCAGCUAGGGGUGGUGAAGGACUUCAGACAGAACAGCAGCAGCAGCAGCUGUUGCUGCUGCUGCAGCAACUGCAGCAGCUAUCCCCAGGUACGCUAUGGCAUGCGAACGGCCCAAGGCAGCAGCAGCAGCAGCAGCCGCAGCAGCCGCAGCAGCAGCCACAGCAAGGCCUGUCUCCGUCUGGAGCGGAUUGUGUUUUAAAGUUGCUGCAUCAGCAGCAGCAGCAACAACAACAGCUGCAGCAGCAGCAGCAACAGCAGCAGCAGCAGCAGCAGCACCUGGCGGUGCCUCCUGCUCCCGGCAUAGAACACUCAUCUCUCGCGUCUCGCGUCUCCUGCAGCAGCAGCAACGGCGUAGGUGGAGCGCAUGCGCAUGCAGCAGCAGCAGCAGCGUCGGUUGCCUCCCUACGCGAUUGCGACUUGCAGCAGCCGCAGCAACAGCGGCAACAGCAACAGCAACAGCAGCAGCAGCAGCAGCAGGCCGAAGGGCCCGGGGGGGCCCUUGGACCUCCUCCCUUAGGUGGGGGGCCCCUUUGGGGCCCACCUAAUGGUCAUAGGAGACUGCGGAGGGGUAAGAGAGGAGGCCGCAACAAACAGAAGAGGAAGGAGAGAGAAGCAGCAGCAGCAGCAGCAGCUGCUGCUGCUGCUGCUGCACCAUUUGACAGCAGUCUUGAUGCAGGUAGCCGCAUUGAUUGGCAGCAGCUGGCAACCUUAAGGCCUGAGCUGCUGCUGCUAGCAACUCGCCUCCUGCAGCAGCAGCAGCAGCAACAGCAGCAGCAGCAACAGCAGCAGCAAAGAGAGCUGCUCCGACUGCAGCAGUCCAGGGAUCUCUUUAGAGUGCAGCAGCAGCAGCGCCAGCAGCAGCAGCAGCGCCAAAUAUUGCAGCAGCAGCAGCUGCUGCAACAGCAGCAGCAGCAGCAGCAGCGUAAUUUCCAAAGGGCCGGCUACAGUGUACCAAGCAUUGGCCCCCGACAUCAGCAGCAGCUGCAGCAGCAGCUCUUGGAGCAGCAGCUGCAGCAGCUGCUGCAGCAGCAGCUCCUACAGCAGCAGCAGCAGCAGCAGCAACCGCACCACGGACUCGCGUGCCAGGACGUGGGCCUCAGAGAUUUGCAGCUGCAGCAGCUACAGCAGCAGCAACAGUUACUGCUGCAACAGCAGCAGCAGCAGCAGCAGCAGAAGGUGUACAUCAGGGAUAGGAGGCCAGGCCUCCGCCUCCAGCAGCAGCAGCAGCAGCAGCAGCAGCAGCAGCAGGACGCGCACCCCAAUAUGUUAGCUGCAGGUGUACAGAGUUUCUUGGCUUUUGAUAGCAGCAGCGCAGCGCCCCUGUGGGGCCGGCAGCUGCAGCAUCAGCAGCAGCACCUGCAGCAGCAGCACUUGCAGCAGCAGCAGCACAUGCAGCCGCAGCACAUACAGCAGCAGCAGCACAUGCAACAGCCGCAGCCGCUGCCACAGCAGCACAUGCAGCAGCAGCCUCUGCCACAGCAGCAGCAGCAGCCGCUUAGAGUAGGCGGCGCGGCCAGCUGUAACAGUAACAGCAGCAGCAGCAGCAGCAGCAGCACAAGUGCGCAUAUGUAUGGGGUGCCGCCGCAGAGGCGAGAUAUUACCCCGAAUCAGCAGCCGCAGCAGCAGCAGCAGCAGCAAACCGCUGCUGCAGCAAUCAUGCCUGUUGGACCGCAUGCAGUCCCCUCAGGCCUAGAUGUGUUACCGACAGCAGGAGCUGCGCCCUUUACCGCAGCAGCAGCAGCAGCAGCAGCAGCAGAUAAGGACAUGAAAGAUUUGGCGCAGUGUUUCUCUCAGUGUACAGUCACCCCUUGCAGUGGCCUCCUUGCUGCUGCUGCUGCUGCUGCUCCCACAUUGCGUAGUGCUGCAGCAGCAGCCCCAACAGCAGCACCAGCAGCAGCAGCAGCGCGUCCAAUGCCACAGGGACCCUGGAGUACUGCCGCAGCAGCAGCAGCAGCGGCAGCAGCAGGGGGCCCCCAAGAAAGGGGCCCCCAAGAAGCCCGUAAUGGGGGGCCCCCAAGGGGGGGGGGCCCUGAAGAGGCCCCCAACGGGGGCCCCCCAGCCGGGUGUGGGGGGGGUAAGGAAAUGGGGGGCUUACAGGGAAGGUUGGUUCCCCAAAGAGGGGGUCCCCCAAGAAGGGGGCCCCCCAUGGAGGGGGGAGGGGCCCCUACCUGGAGGGCCCCCAGCAGGGGCCCUUGA